AUGGCGUCGUCUGACAAUGAUUCUGUGCCUCAUAUUUCCGACAUGGAUUCGCCGGGUAGUUCUGUUUCUUCUGCUUUGCAAAGAGAGUAUGAAGAGCUACUAAAGUAUGCUGUUGUAACACCGAAAAUCCAAGUGUGUCCCACCGUUUAUGAGCAGAGUGUUACAACGAAAGAUGAUGUGACCGCUUCUACUGAAACGGACAGCAACAGCUCCUCGUCAACGUCAAGCAGCACCUCUGUCUCCACUCGAAGUUCAAAGUCAGAAGAAGUGUCUCACACGGCAGCUAAAGAAGAUGUUAAACAUCUGCCCAGUACUCCAUCGCUUAGAGUUUCCUUUCAGGGGCAGGGCUCUAUAGCAAGGGAUUCUCUGUUACGAGACGGUAAAUUAAUGUUAACAGCGGAAAUUAAGGACGCACACCCUUAUAGAGGCCAACAGAAAAGAUUCUUUCAAGUUCAAAUUUAUUUUUGAAAUAAGUGCCAUCUGGAAAAAUGUUCGGUGAAAGAGGUUAACAGCUCAUCCUCGGUGUAAAAACCUGUGAAACUCCCGAGUGAUGUAAAACUAUAAAUACAAAGAAGCUACUGAUAAGUCAACAUAAUGGAGCAAAGGAAAAUAAUACCUAGAAAACAAAGAAAACUUUCACAGGUUUUACACCGAGGUAAACCUGAGGUUUCAUUUGAAGGGCAGCAUCAUGCACUGGGUGUCGUCCACAGAUUACAGUGCGACUAUUGUAACUUAAACUAGGGCCACUUUGACAAAGUUGACCAAUCACAUUACAGGGAAAUGCAAGAAAGUUGUUCGUAAGCCAAUCAACAGCUCGUAAGUAAACAAUAAGUUACUCGAAGCACAGGUUUAAGUACAUGUAAAAACAGCAAAUGUUUUUCAAGAAAGCAAAAUGUUUCACCAGACAAUGUUUUUCUAAUCGAAACUUUACAAAUAACACCCCAGAGACAUAAUUGUUUGACACAAGCCGUUAUUUUUUUUUCGUCUACCAGCAAUUUCUUCGCUACCAUUGCUGUGCUUGGCGAUAACAUAUGACCUCAAGUCAAAAAUAUAACUAUCAUUUGCGUUCUUCGCAUCUGUCUUUCAUUCUAUCAGACCACUCAGCAAACACAGGCUUUCUUUAGCUUGUUCAUAAGGUCACAUCUGUAGGUUGUGACUGGUUGAAUUCAAUCCGUGGUGUUUGUUUUGUUUCAUGGUAAUUAUGAUUGACUACUAACUUUCUUGGAAUGUAUUGUUACUUUCCUGUAAUCCACUGGUCAACUUUGUCUACGUGGCCCCGGUUUAUAUUCACACUGUUAUAAAAAUGUGUCCAAUAAUCUCGUGAUAAGGAGUGAAUGGGUAUGGUCUACAUUAAUUUAUUAUCUUGUGAAUGGGAAAAAAAUGUAAGCUUUUGUUUUGCCAUUUUCCCUUUCUUUUGUCUUUCUUUUCCAAAAUGAAUUCAAUUUUUAGAGGGCAUAUUAUACAAUGUAAAUGGGUGUGCACUAUACCAAGGUAAAUACCUGCAUAUUGUCAUAUCAAAUAGUUUACAUGGACCAUUCCAUAUUUACAUAUCCACAGUCCCCUAGCUUUGAAUUAGAUUUUCUGACGCAAGGAGUAGGUGUCAAAAGUCUUUUCUGAGGAGGUUGUGUAUGCACCUUUAAUACAUACUGUAUGGAAUGUUUUUGAGGUGGGGUACUUUUUUUUCCUUAGGGGAAAAAGUCAACUUACCUCAACCAUAGGACUGCUGGGUUGGGGUGGGGGGCUUUUGAUGGAUCCAUACACAGUAUAGCAAAGAGGAGUGGAUGUGGAUAACCCUGUUAAAAGAAAAUGAUUGAAAUGUUUGUUUGUCUAACUUGUACAAUGCUAGAAUCAAGUUCUACAACAACUGCAGCUAAGACUCCAGACGUUGAAGAGAAGUCUUUAUCAUCCCUUUCACCUGAGGAAUCCCCAGGCACUCCUCCUGCACCAGCUUCACCUGUAAUAGAUGCUGACCUAGCAAGAAUGGAAGCUUUACUUGAUAACUGGUGCUUGGAUCUAAAGAGAAAUGUUUUGGUUAGCUAAGCUUAUUAGUACAGUGUAUUUAUUUGUUUAUUUAUUAUUUUUAUUUUUGCCAAUGGAGGAGUUAAAAUUAUUUAAAAAAAAGGUUGCCAAAUGAGAAAAAGUGCUGUAAUUAAAAUUAAUAGUAAGAAAACCAGUCCCAAGAUGGAACCUUAACACCCUCCUCAAUCUAAGUUAAUUAACCAAGAACAGUUUUUCUGAGAAGUGCACUAUUAUGCAAGCCGCUUAGUAACCCCAAAUCUUCUAUGACUCCCCCCUUGUUUUUGUGGAAGUAACCUUUUUUGGACUUUUUUUUUCCACAACCUAUCAGAAGCCCUAAAUAUUGUAAUCUGUUCAAAGUGUACACUGUAUUUAAUAGAACAAUGUCAAUAUAGUGACAGUUAAACCCCCUUUAAGUGGCCAUUCCCGGCGUUCGGGGAGUGGCUGCUUAAUGGAGGGUGGCCACUCAAUCAGGGUUCAUCAUGAACCGGGUGCCAAACUUAAUAUGUCAAGUGCUUGAUGGCUGCUUAAUAGAGGUGACACUUUAACAUAGACAGUGAAAACUGGCCGUCCAGAAGGCAUGUUUUCCCAUAAAACUAUAAGAGAUUAAGUGUAGUUUCCUUGUAUUUCUUCCGAAAAUGGGCAUCCAUAGGGCAGCUGGACACCCUUCUGGCUAAAACAGGGUGCACUGAAUGGGAAAACUCUCAUUGGGAGAGAGGCAGCUCCUUUAUAGACUGAGGUUUAGCUUCCAUAUCUUUUCUACAAUCAGCCAUUUGUACAAUGGUGUCAUUUUACUACUACGACCAGAAUCCUUUGGGUUUUUCCUUUCUUGUGCAAAUUAUACACCUUUGUUAUUUCAACCUUGCUGGGAUUACCAAAUUUAAAUGUGAAUGGAAAAACGAAGAAGAUUCUGGUUGUAGUAGUAAAUUGAUGCCAUUGUGCAAAUGGCCUUUUAUUUCAGGACUUUGAUUUCUGGCCUCUUAAAUAAUGGAGGGUCAAAUGUACAUGAAUAUAUAUUUUUCCUCAAGGCUCUUGGGUUUGAGAGGAAUAAAACAAUAGAAAAUAAUGGAUUGUUGUCCCUGAGCCUCAAAGUGAUAUCUUUUGUGUUCAUCCCCUAGCCCUCUGACCCAAGUGUGAAUUUUGAUAUCAAAAUUGUUAGAACUUUUUGUGUGUGUGUAUCACGUAAACCUGUAAAUGUAAAUUGCCAUUAUAGGCGGCCAAUCUCCCUAUCCAAAGAAGAAAUGUCACUCUGGUUUUUCCUCUUUCUUGCUACCUGCACUGUGUUUUUCUACUAACAGUAAAAAAAGUUAAACAACCCCCAAACCAGUAUCAACAAAUCUGGAAUUAGACUAGUGUCCAUAUACAGUGUACAUUUAUAAAGUAGUUUGAAUUUAUUAUAUUAUGCGGUACAUGUCCAUCAUUUAUUCAUAGGUAUUGUUUCUUUACAACACAGGCUGAAUUUGCUCAAUGUAAGAUGGGUCUUUUUGAAAAACAAAAGCAGCUUUUGAUGCAGGAGAAGAGAAGGUACUGUACGUUGUUUUAAAUCCCCAAAAUGUACAAUCAUGUAGGUACUAUUUUCAGAAACGUUCUAAAUUUAAUGUACAUGUAAUUAUUGCAAAAUGCAGGAUUCAAGAAUGCUUGCACACUGUUACAGUGUAUAUCAAAACCACAUAAUCAUUUGGUAAGGAUGAUUGAUUAUAAAUCAGUGACAUAAUCCACCAUAUGGAUAGAUCAAUCUUAGAUGUACAUUAUACAUGUAGGAUUUGCGGUAAGAAGUUUUCCUCCUGAGCACCUCAAGAUGACAUUAAUUUUGCAAAAAAAAAAACAAGAAAAGAAUAAGAAAGAAGGAAACAAAGAAGACAAAAUAACAAAAAAGCAAAUGAUGUUAAGAAGAGAAUAAGAUUGUACUAUUUAAAAAAAAAAUUAAAAAAAGGACAAAACUCCAACAAAUUUAAAAUAAUUUUUAAUAAAAAUAAUAAUUUGGCGAGAAUUUAUUGAUCUAGAAAGCUCUUGGAAGAGGAAUAAGAGACCUGAAAAACAAAUCCCCUUCAGCACAAUGCUUUGAAUCUGUACGUGUAUCAUUUCCCAAGCAGUAUAAUGUGCUUUUCUUUACAUUGUACUCUCAGGUAGUUCUCAACUUAAAAUAAAGGUUGCAUUCCAUUGGGGUGAUCCAAAUUAGGAUCAGUGAUCUGAGGUUGACUUCUUAUCAUGACUGUAGUGCAUCAAAGGAUCUGACGAAUCCACCCGGGGAAAAGAUUUAUCAGUUCAUUUGAUGUGUACCAUGAUCCGAGUGAUCUUGGAUCACUGAUCUUGAUUUGUAUCCUUCCCUGGCUAGUUCCAAUGUAAUGCAACCACUUUGGCUAACAAUACAGUGUAACAGACAAUGUGUGCUACAGAGUGUACAUGUAGGUGCCGAUAAAAUGUCCCUGGUAGAUAGUCUAGAAAUUAAAUAUUAUUAUAUUUUGCUUCAAUUAGAGUAAGAUCUGUCAAAGAUAAACACCUUUUCACUAAGCAUAACUGCUACUUGAGAAUGCUUAUAUGGAUUCCACCUCAUCAUAAACUGAUAUAAUUACAUAAUAAUAUUAAACCAUGGCUGGCCCCUCUAAAUUUUGUCAUCUACUGUAUAUUAUUGUAAAAGUAACAUUUGUUUCAAAAAUUAUGAAAAGGGGGAAAACAAUAGAUUUUGUAAUUUUUAUACUGAAGUGAAGUGUCAUAUUAAGAUACAUGUACAUGUAGCUAAUUCAACACUUGAAUUAAUUGUUUUCAUAAAAUAUAUAUCUGCGGUGUUGCAGAACCUUUUUUUUUUUGUUUAACUUUACAAAACAUCAACAACAAUAAACACAAAUCAAAAAGUCAAGUGCCAAUUACAAAGUUGGUGUCCAUACAGGACAGCUGGACCAUUCUAAGACAGUGAUGCAAAGCAUGCAAUCAUGUACAACAUCAUUCGCUGUUUCGGUUAUAUUGUGUUCAGUUUUGAUAAAAACUCCCACUACAGUUGUUAAUGCUGACUCUUAUUAAAGGUUACAUUCUAUAGGCUGCCAUUGUCCCUUUUGGUACAUACAGUGUAUGCCCAGCUUUUGAUACAGUUAACGGGGUUGUCACUAAGAUUUCAAGUUGCUGGGUAAAUACAACAAGUAGGCAGAGAAUCAAACAGCUAGGGGUUUCUUUUUUGUUCUAUUCUUUUUGUUCUGGUUUUUAUUUCUUUUUCUUCUAUUUUCCGUUAAGAGCACUCGGGGGCCACGUUCAUAGUAGCUGGGGAAAAUCCCCAGCCCCUGCCUCUUAAUGACAGCCCUGUCAGUAACAAACUGUCCCAAUAUCUUUGUAAAACCAAAGAAAUCGUUUCAUUCAGUCAUCAUAGUCUUCUACCCAUUCCCUCAAUUGCUCUUCAAAGUUCUCGUUAACACAGUAGAAUGAACAAUUAAAAGCUUGUUGACGGGCAGGCAACACAUUGAUCACAUGGCGUCGGAAAUGUAACUGCUGUACCCCAGGGUGUGGUAUAUAACUUCCUUGGUGUCCAGGGCACCUCUCUGAGGGGCAUAAUGGGCCACAGUGAAACUUGAUGUAAGGAAAAUGUUGCUUACAAAUCCCAUUGACCAUGCUGAAAAUGUGAGCCAGUACAGCUGAUGGCUUCAUCUCUUGUCCCUCACUGUGAAAUGGAGUAUCAUUUCUUAGUCUGGCUAUUUAAUACCAAAUAUGGGCAAUUUUUUUAACAGUUAGGGAUACAUAGCUCUACUGACAGUGUUUCAAGUACUUCCUCUAAUUUUUUUUGAAAUGUAAGAAAAAAUAAAAUAGGUAAACAGCCACGCCAAGAAUCAGGUAGAUGCAACUUUUCCUUUGCGAGAUAACAUGCUUUAUCUUAAUUUAUGGGUUAGCCUGUGUAGCUGUUGCUUUUGUUUAGGCUGUAAAGCCGCGAGAAAUAUGAAGAGAGUCAAUUUGAGAUAAGUCUUAUUUGAAAGUAGAUCAUCGCAUUCAUAGACGCAACUUUUGCAGUUGCGAAAAGAAAGCCUGCAAAAUAAUUGAUCUACUUUCAUAUAAUUCUUCACCCCGUAGUUCACAUAUAUGAUUUUCAUAUAUUCAUAACUUGAGGUAAGUCUGUUGCAUGCGGUAUUUUUCAAAACCCGAAUUAAGGUUCUCUACUUCACCCCUUAAAGUUGAUUUAUAUAAAACUAACUUCGCGCGCUACAAGGAAACUACAUCGUGUAAAGAGAGAGAACACCAAUCUUACGUUCAGUAAGCGAAAAAUUCUUGAAAGAUUUUCUAGCAUGAGUAUUUUUCUGCAAGGUAAUAGUCAAUAGUUUUCAUCUCACAGGUCAUGCCGCUCAUUUGUUUUGUGACAAAGUUGGUGAAAAACCAUAGCAAAUGAGGAAGACGGUAUUUUCUCUUUCCUCUUCGCCGCUUAGUGUAGCAGAUCCUCAGUCCAAAAGCACCAACCCAAUCUGAUCCCUCCCCCAGUAUUGACACGCUGUGUUGGUACCUCUCUGAGAUCGGCACCGAUAUGGCGGCCGUAAUCCAACAAAAACAUCUUUUUUAAGUUAAUUCAUCACUCGAGGAACUCAUAAACAUUAACAUUAUACUUACUGUGGAUUAAGGACUGUCAAGAUAGUAUUAUUUCAAGUUAAAGCCGUAUGUAAGCUUUUUUGGCUGCCAUUUAACUUCCGCCUCACGCAAAAUCUCGCAAACUCAAGCGCGCUUUGUUACGAAACUAACGUUUAUACCCCUUCGAAUAGAAGACUGCUAGGAUGCUCUAAUACCUCAUGUUUAAAUGCUGUAAUACCUCCGUAAAGGAUAAAGACUCCGAAGAAUUUUUAAUUCUUUAGUUUGAAUUUUGUUUGCGUCACGUGCAAAACAGCAAAUGUUUUGGUUCUUCGACUACAAACGCUUUUUUGAAGGAAUUUUCAUCCAUCGGUGUGGAAACUAUUUCACAGAAUGCGUCCUAUUUAGGCGCAGACUAAUGAGCAAGUGAUGCAACCCACUGUAGUCUCUCUUAUGGUAAAAACCUCGCUGCUUUACCCGCAGUAUACAAAUCUACGAGCCCGUUGUCAAAGAAAACAUGAAAAUUAUGAAACUAACCUCUUGUAAGUGAAUGUGACUUCAAUCAUGUCUUCAUCCUUAAGCUGUAACAGCCUGUAUGGUUGGUUGGACCGCAACCAAAACCUGCCAACAUCCUGGUAUAUAACUGGCUGACCAUGAACAAAUUCUGCUUUGCUGUUCCUGUGUGCACGUGACAGAAGAUGCUGGAAGAGUGCCUGUGGUAGAAAUCGAUUGAAGAACACGUAAACCGUCUUGUCAUAAGGACCAUCAAACCAGACUGGUGUUGUCGCCAUUGACGACACUGGCAGAAGUGAAGGAACAAAGUGUGUGACUUGUGCUUCUUCCUCCUGGUUUGUCGCAUUGAAGAACAGAGGACAAAUUAAAUCAUAUUCCUCCAAAAAACCUUUCAUUGCUUCUUCAUUCUCUUGGAAUCUGGAGAGAAUGUGUUUUAGAAGGGAUUCUGUGAGCAUUCCAGUAUCAUGGAGUAGUUUCCAAUCGCGCCUGAAACCACGCUGAAAAUACACCUCUUCAUCUGUUAGUGGCAACACCAGUUGAAUGAUGAUGUCUACCAGUAUAGCUGGCCUUAGCAAAAUCCAACUGGACAGUUCAGAAUCUUCCCUCUCAUGAUUGUAUAUCACCAGUCCUUUCUCGUGAAAGUACUUCAAAGUUUCCCUACUCCAGUUGGUACAAAUGAAGUUCCCAACUGAAACUGGAAACUGUCUCAGUGGCACACAAAACCUUGCAUUCCUGUUCUCACUUAGAUUGAUUAUUGCAUCUUGAAUUUUUAUCCACGAAUAUGGAAUUUCCCUUCCCAUAAUUGGUCUGAGGUCCUCUGCUGUGGACAUUAUUUCUUUCUGAAGGUUUUGAAUUCCUCGGUCUUUUCUUCCCAGAGUGUUCUCAGUGGGGAAGUACGAAAGCUUGUCUUCCUUAUUCAUCACCAACUCAUCACUGAAAGAGUGCAUUAGUUGUUGUUGCAGAUGUUUGUCAAUAUUUUUUAGGUGGAUUAUGUCCAUAUGUCCUCUGUGUGUUCCAACAAGGAAGAUUGGUGUUUUGGGUUUUGCUUUGCUACAGAUUGAUUCCAACCAGAAACGAAGUCUUUGGAUUUUUGUUUUAAUGUUUCUGAAAUUGUUGUCUGCAAAGUUUGCCAUGUUAAAGACAACAAUAUAGAUGGCUUGAUCUCUCAUGAAGAUAUGAUGAUAAGCGUAAUAUUCUUCAUCUCCUGCAAAGUCCAGGAGUUUCAGCUUAACACUGCAAAAUUUAUUUUGAAGGGCUAACUUUAGCUUUCGAAAAUUCAAUAUACACUUCUCUAUAAGUAUAAGAGUAAAACUAGCUCUUGUUUCCCUAAUGUUCCCCAUACUGGUGAAGAGGGAGAACAUGUCAUCCCAAUCUUUAUACAAAGUUUGGCAGGCCCAUACAGCAAACAUUGCCACAUACAUAGAAAAUGGACAAAAUGAAAAUAAGCUCAAGUCUGCUUUCUCCAUUGAUAUGUAAAGAAAUAAGACAAGGGCGACUUGACCUUGCCGAUUAACCCACGACAGUAAUGUUUCUGAAAACGCGUAAAUUGAAUAACAAAAAAGUGAAAUCGCUGUAAAGUGAAUAAUUUUACAAUAUGUGCACUCAGAAGGUUCAGUUGAAAAGCCAAUAAUGCAACCAAAAGUAAAACCGCUUAUGAUAGGUACAAUAAAGAGUACAAUUCGCGGGAAAAUAGGUAACGAAUCUUCAAAUAUCACUUGUCCAGGGACUGUUGAAUCGACCCCGGAUAAAUUGACGAAAUUAUAAUAAUACCUAAUCUUCUUCAUUAGCGACACUCUGAGAAAGAUAUAACCAAACAUUGCUGCGAAGAUAAAUAAGUGGGCCACCCAGACAUACUGGGUGCCACAAGAAGCGUAUUGUCGAUCUCCUGAUAACGAGAAUUUGAGAUUGCUACAUUCUAUGCUUUUAAGAAGCCCUGGCAGCAGAUAUGCGGUCCCUAACCCUACUAUGAAACGACGAAUAGUGAAAAUCAUGCAAAACAAAGUGAUAACUUCUGGGUCUUCUAAGCGAAUAAAGUGAAGUAAAAUUGCUAUUACAAAUGUACUCAAAGAAAAUCCACAAAAGGUAACAGACAUCUCAGCUAAAGAGAGUAGCCACAUAAAUAAGAUAACCCAGCUAAUUAUUCCAAGUGUAAACAAAAACCUGCCAGCUGAAAAAAUGAAAGUCAAGUCUUCAGUUAUAACAAAUUCAGCUCCGCCUGGCCAAUAAAUGGCAAACUCGAGAAGAGCAGAUUCUGUAAACCGAGAAAAGCUUCCAAAGCUGAGACCAGUCGUGGGAUCCGAAGUUUUCCAUUUCCGAUCGACUAAGCUAACUUCUACACCUUUUGUCCUCGGUUCCUCAGCAUCAAACCCUUGUCCUAUUAGUGACUUCUUUAAGCUUGUUUUACCCACUCUAGCAUCUCCCAGUAUCAUGCACUGUCCUUGGAAAACAAACUGGGUGUGUUGUUCACCGCCAUCUUGGUUACUGCGGAAGUUAAGGUCCUCUAACAACUGUAAAUACGAUUCUCUUCCAUCUGGUAGCCGCUGAUCCAUCUUCAGCAUUUGCAUUACUUCAGAGGCAGUUUCCAAAGUAUGGUCGUCUGUAAGACGUAUUCUUUGCAAAUCUAAAGCCAUUCUGAUAGUUCAACAUAAGAGAUAACUCUGUAGGUAGUGCAGUGUUGUGAAGCAAGUCAUGUGACAUUAUGUAAAUUUCAGAAAGUUAUGUCACGCUCCUUAUUUUAAUACAGUGACCGUCAUGAAUCAAACGUAGCGAUUUAAUUCACUUAUUUGACCUUAGAAACGUAACAGCAAUGAGGUUAAAAACGUUUGUUGCUACCUGAUUUCGAAAGUCUCUUCCCUUAUUUUCGCUGCGUAACACUUGCAGUGAGCAGUGCAGGCGUUUUCCGGGGGGUACACGAGCACUAGAGCACUAUUAAAUUCUCUCGGGUUUGGUGCCCAAAACAAACGCAGAAGGGGGCAUGCCAAAAAUAAGGUAGGUCUAAUUUCCACUGUUUGGUCCAGUGCUUAGAUCAGUGGCAAAAGUUCGUUACCGUAAAUCCUCUAUUAUGCCCCCCCUUUUCAGAGGAAAAAAAGUUAAUAAGCCCCCCCUCCCCCUCCCCACCCCUAAUUAUUCUUCACAAAUAAAUGAUAGACUGUAUUAAUCACUCGCGAAUGUAAAUUUUUGUAUGGAUAAUGUGGACUGAUCUGGGAGGGUUUAUUUACCAACUGGAAGUUCGGAUUUGAUUCUGGUGCUCGGCUGUAUGACCUAAAACUUCUUGUACUUCAGCUUUUCCACUUUGUAUUCUAGUUCUUUAUGGGAAACUGAUACCAUCGUCAUUUCUGAAUUAAAUAAGGCCCCCGUCUCUAUUAAGCUCCCCCCCCCCUUAAAUGGGCUUGAAAUAAAUAAGCCCCGGGGGGGGGCUUAAUAGAGGAUUUACGGUAUGUCCAGUACGCCUUUUGUCAUUUUCAGCCCGAUGUUUAGAUAUUGGCUCGUUUGGAUCUGUUAGGUAGCUUGUUUUGUUACUAUUUUCCUAGCCUCGGAGUCGGGUCUUAAUCAGAAGCGUAGAGCUUUACGAUCGAGUGAAAACAUAACUACAAGGUCAGUGCUGUAGUUGGAGGUAGAAGCGGAAGAACUGAGCAAAUUCCAAAGUAUCGGAACGAGCUUUUCAUUGGUUUGUCCUUCCGCUACCGCUUCCGAAUACGAUAAUCCGGUUUCCAAAAGAUCGUAAGAGUCAAACGUGGAAUCAAACGAUAUUGGGAACGCUCUAUUCCUCCGACUCCGACUCCCGUCGCGCUUAUGACUCGCUUACGAUCCCGAUUUUUGAUUUUUACUAGGUCACAAGGGCUCCUAGAGAAAACUAUCCUUAAGUUCUUUCUCUUGAUCUUUUGUACAGGCACGGUGUUGAAAUGAAUAAACUGAUGAAUGAAAUGGAAAGUCAGAAAGAGUUAUUACUCACCUAUGAACAGACCCUGUCUCAUAAAGACUCAAUUGUGGCAAAUGUCACUAAUGCUAUUCAAAAACAGGUUUGUUGUAUGGUUCAGCGUCAGUUGUAGUGAUAAUAACCGCCUUUUAAACUGAUGAAUAAAAUGGAAAAGAGUUUGUACUCACUUAAGAGCAGACCGUGUCUCGCAAAGACUCAAUUGUGGUUCAUUGUCAGUUGUAGUGAUAAUUGCAGAAUUGCUACAGAAAUUAGAGAGAUAAAUCUCAUACCCAGGCCAGCCACCAAUUUGCAUCUCGUGGAAUAGAAAACGUUCCUAGUGUGUUUAAUACCCCUCUUUCUUUAAAGGUCUCAAACAAGUGGCCGCCUACUCUAGAAAUGCUCCUAAGCCAUAAAAAUGUCUUUGUUUUUUGCUUGCGUUACCCUCGUAUAUACAAAAGCCAAAUAUUUGUUUUGUCUUUACACUCAAUAUUGACCUGCAUGUUCUCUCACAGAAAGAAAGAAGUGAGCUGCUAAGGGCUUUUACAGUGUGGAAACUACGGCAUUGUGAUGAAAAGAGAGAGGUUAGUCGCUUAACUUCUCAUUUCCAUUACGAACUAGAUCUUUUUGAACUAUGUAUGUGUUAGUUGUUUUUGAGUUUUUUGUUGUUGUUAAAAGUGGACAAUCAAGUUAUAAGUUUUCGUAAACUGGCACACUUUUCUUACAGACAUUCUGGUAUUCAUGAUUUUAAAACUGAAUCAAUUGAAAUGACCUAUUUUGUUGUGUUUGCCUCUUCAGGGUUUUGCUUCCAAGCUUGCCAGGAGACACUACAACCACACCCUUCAGUCACGUGCCUGGACUGCUUGGCGUUCUGUUAUUGAAUCCAAAUGGAAACAAAGAGUAGAGAAAGCUUGUCAGGUGAGCUCUUGCAUGACUUUAUCAUAACUGUCUUCAGACAAAACAGUUUAAACUAAAUUCGACACUAAAUAGCAGUGUUUAUUUAACACCUUGUCGAAUUUUGGCGGUCGGUUCCCAAAUGAAAGCUUUGCAUCGUGCACGCUUCAAUAUUUGAAGUUUUUAUUCAUCUUUUCAAAGGCCAAAGCUCAAGACGUGUGCGUGAAGUUAACGGAGGAUUAUGAAAGUCGACUUCAAACGGUACGUGUUCGAUGUGCAGUAGAAUAAAGAGUAAUUUUUGCAGACUUCUGUUACUAAAGGAAAUGCUUAGUCAAUCAUCUCUUUAGGGUUUUUCGACUAUACUUUUUCUUCACCAUCUGUGAUGUUACUUUCAUGUUUAACAGGGUAAAUAAUGUUGAAAUACGUUUGUAGAGUAUAGUCUAUGAGAGACUUUUUACACUUCCUUCAAAAAUGGGGGAAAGAUUGUAAUGAGCGGAUGUUCAUGUUUUAGGCUAACCGUGAGCUCGAGAUGGCGCGAACGGAGAUUGCUCGCCUUCAUGCCGAGAGGGAGCGUUAUGAAGAAACCAUGAAGAAAGCAUUCAUGCGUGGAGUGUGUGCUCUCAAUCUUGAGGCCAUGAGCAUGUUUAGAGAAGGAGAAGAGGGUGGAAGAAGACCCCCACCACCCGCUAGCAGCAGUGACGGAACUUUCUCAGGUACAGUAUUGUAUUCUUAGUUGUGGCUGGAUACAAAGCGGAUAUAUUACAACGUUGAGGGCUAAAGGUGAAAGGUUUGUUUAUAGUGGAGAGGGUACUUAGCCUAUCCAGCUAGUUUACAGGUACUCCAUUCAAAUAAUAAGAGCCGAACAAAUCAUCCAAACGGAACAUAACUAAAUUAAAAACCCCAACUGUUAGGAGGCAACCACUUGGCUAUUUUCGUUGUUUGACUCUAAAAUAUCACUAAAAUAACAGUUCCAGUUCCAGUUCCAUCCUUUCACGGGUUUAUAACGAACCAAUUCAACGACCUGCUCCCAGUUUGCUUGUUAGCUCAAGUGGUGUAAGAGCGCUGCACCGGUAUCGCAGAGGUCAAGGGUUUGAAUCCCGUACAAGCCUGAAUUUUUUUCAGGCUUUCUUCUCGCAACUGCAAAAGGCGUCUACAACUGCGAUGAUCUACUUUCUUAUAGAGUGGUUUUCGUUUGAGUGUCGUAAAACCAAAACCAAAGUAAUUACUCUGGCCAAUCACAUAGGACACAGACAAUACAUUGAACCAAUCAAAACUCGAAGUAAUUACAUGUGGCUGACGCAAAGCGCGGGAAAAUGCAUGCGAGCGCGUCACAAUUGGCUUUGGUUUUACUUCUGAUUGGAUGAAAAGGUGGCGCGAAUCUUUUAAGCCAAUGGCAUCGUGUAGAAAGUGCAAAACCAAUUACUUUUCGACACUCAAAUGAAAACCGCUCUAAUUACUCCAGACAGCACUUCUAGAAAACAGGGUCAAAUACAUUAUAUGUAAACAGUUCAAUAAUUUUUUGGCCAGUGAUGUAAAUUACCUUUACGAAAAGAGUUGGCGUCUUUGUUUUUGGCCGCAUUUCUUAUCGCCUUACGUAUUACAUAAACGGUACUGCUGUUUUUGUUAGAUACAGAAGACAUGCCGCGUCGUCAACCGCCACUUCCUAUUGUCACGACAUCUGGGCAAUCAGUCACGCAACAACAGUUUGGUUACGUGCCUUCCAGACAGAGGCCUCCAGCAGAGAGACCAGGUCAAUUAGGAGGAAAGACUGUCACAGUCAAAGCUGUUUGUCGAUCAGACAUUCAAGGACAAAAGGCCACUGCAGGUGUGUAGACAGUUCGUGUUUGUUUGUUUGUUGUUGUUUUUUUUUUUGUAGUUUUGUUUUUCAACUAUUUGUGGUUUGCGUUUUAUGUAUUCACUUCUUACAGCACACGCUGAUUCUGCACAACUUACUUAAGAUACCUUCUAUUGGAAAAUCUGCAUUCGUAUUUUGAAAUUGUGAAUUUUCUCGGAUUAAACAAGUCAAACUGAUUUUUGUAUCAUUUUUGGAUCUGUUUAGGCUUUAAACGUAGAAUCAAACCGCGUAUUUGCCACGCUGUUCACGAUAUUCUUCUUAUGACUUACAGACAAAAUUGAACCCUUACCUCUCUCGCCAAUCAAGUUUGUAUCUGUUUAGGAGCAGUCGGCCCGGCUUUUCCCUUUCUUUUGUCUUAUCAACAAGGUUAUUUACAUAAAAAGGUUAAUGUUUUAUGCAAUAAUUAACUACCAAUUUAAGACAAGUAAAAUAAAAAAAUAUAGAGAAGUUGGUGAAGCAAAUAGUUCAAGCCUUAAAGCCUUCUUAGAAUAGACUGAAAUGUGCAUUUUUGUACAAUCUGUAAAAUGUAUUCCUAUUAGGUAGUCCAUUGAAAAUCUAAUGUGGUCCUUAAAAAGUUGUUAAAAAAUGGUUGCAGUAUUUUGUGUGAACCCUGUGUAAGGUUUACGAUUCAUUCUUCUGCAAUUACAGGUCUUGUAGGCACUCAAGGGCCUGUCAGUUCAGUUCUAAUUGAGAAGCACUCAUCAGAGCAGGCCGCCUCAGGAGCUCCCCCAAUACGUCACCCUCAUGGUCAGCGGGCACCACAAGCUCGCUCAACAGGUGCAAGAACGUCACGUGGCCCCGCGGUUCAAACAAUCCACACCACCCCUGUUAAAGUCGUGCACUGAUUACUGCCAAUCACUCAACAUGCC